GUCGUGGCUAUGUCGGAAGUCGUGGUAGAUCGCGCACGGGCUCUCGUUACUGUUUCGCGUGUCUCUCUGAUGUUGGAGAUCGCGUGAAGCGUGAAGCGUGCGUGAGAAUGGACCAUGGCGCAAAAUGCCGAUGUUUUAAACGGCCAACUUCCCUUGAAGGGCGUCAUCCUAUGCUGUACAGCGCUGCCUCAAGAUGUCCGGACCGGCCUGGGAGAAGCGGCGGCUCAAAUGGGAGCAAUCCAUAAGCUCGACCUGACCGCCGACGUUACCCACCUCAUUGUCGGCGCCAUCACCACCCCCAAAUACAAGUAUGUCGCCAAGGAACGCCCCGACAUCAAAGUCCUGCCCCCAGCCUGGCUCGACGCCGUCCGCGAAGCAUGGAUGGAGGGAAGCGAUGUCGACGUCGAUGCCUUGGAGCGCACACACCGUCUUCCUCCCUUCUCCGGCCUGCAAAUCUGCCUGACCGGCUUUGAGGACAUCGAGCAGCGGAACUGGAUCUCGCAGACUGCCGCAGACCAUGGCGCGACAUAUCAUGGCGACUUGACCAAGGCUGUCACCCAUCUCAUUGCCGCUGCUCCUCAAGGCCAAAAGUAUACGCACGCCAAACGCUGGGGCCUCUCCGUGGUCUCGUUGAAGUGGUUCGAGCACAGCAUGGAACGAGGCAUGGCUGUCGACGAGGCCUUUUACGAUCCCACCAUGCCAAUCGACGAGCAAGGCGUCGGCGCCUUCAAGCGGCACAUUCGGCCGAGGACGAGCUUGGGCAAGCACGGUCGAGAUGGGGAAAGCCAGGGGACCGAUGCUGUGAGGAAGAAGCUGAGGAGGACUGCGAGUACACGUCUGGAGAGCCAAAGUCAGGAUAUGUGGAUGGACAUGUCGGCGGGGAAUGUCAAAGCGGCCCCGACAGAGCACGACCAGUGGAGUCAUCAAGGAGACAAUCUACCAGUGAACGACUCGAUUGCAAUCACCAAGCCUCGCCCAAGUGCUGGUCAACACAGCCCGGCCGGUCAAUCCGGACUUCCGAGCGACGCGAAUGCACUCUUCUCCGGCUGUCACGUCCUCACCCAUGGGCUCGAAGGGAAAAGGUUGAAGUCGGUACGGCAUGUGCUACUCCAGAACGGCGCAACGAUUGCAGAAUCGACAGCAAUGCUCGAAGAUGCCUCUUGUGCACCUUUCUUCAAACAGCGAUACCUCGUCGUUCCACAUACGACGCGCAGCUCCUCCAAUGGUUUACCAGACGUGCCGCCAGGCACGGUGAUCGUAACGGAAUGGUGGGUGGAGCGGUGCGUCCACUACAAGCAACUACUCGAUCCCAUCGACGACGCGCUCAGUCAACCACUCGGAUACGAGCAGACCCCCGAUUUCGCUGAUUUGCUCGUCUCCACUACUGGCUUCACUGGCGUCGAUUUGCGGCAGAUAGCAGAGGCUGUCAAGCUGAUGGGGGCAGUGUAUCAGGAAAAGAUCCUCCCUUCCACCACCGUCUUGGUCAGUGGAGUGGACACCGUCCGGAAAGAAAAGGCCUUUUACGCCCAUAAACACAAGAUCCCCGUGGUCUCUGCGCACUGGAUGUGGGAGUGUCUGAAGACAAAGAAACGAGCUUCAUUUGCGAAGUUUUCUUUACCACUUCCCGCGAUCAAUCCUAAAGACUUUGUGGGAGAUCCGUCAACGAGUAGUCCUCUGCCGAGUGAUGCCGCUUCAAAGGACUCGGAGCGCCGGGGCACGAGAUGACCGUCAAACGAAAAGACUCUCCAGCUCGCGAAAACAGCACGCUACACCCUCGCUGGCUUUGCAAGCCACGAGCAGCUCGGCUGCGUUGACAUCACGA